UUAACCUCAAUGCUUCCUAUGCUGAGCCAAAAUGGGAGGCCUCGGCACUGCACAGCUAUCUUUUUCAGUAGCACUGCCAUGGCGCCAUCCGCCCCCACAGUCAAAAUCCUCACUCCAAAUCCAAUGCGCUCUGACCAAACAAGGACAACGCUUCCUGACCAAGCUCGCAGCCAAUGCCGGCGACCCAUCCGUCGCCAACAAAUUGAUCACCAAGUUCCUGUCGAGCUCUCCCAAGUCCACUGCUCUCACCACUCUCUCUUAUCUUCUCUCUCCUCACACCACCCACCCUCACCUCUCUUCCCUCGCCCUCCCCUUGUACUCGAAAAUCACAGAGGCGUCUUGGUUUGAGUGGAAUCCGAAGUUGGUAGCUGCCCUUGUUGCGUUGCUUGAUAAACAAGGACUACACAGUCAAUCAGAAGCUUUAAUCUCCGAGACCGUUUCGAAAUUAGGCACCAGAGAACGAGAGCUUGCUCAGUUUCAUUGCCAAUUGGUGGAGUCACACUCUAAGUUAAGCUCAAAGCGUGGGUUUGAUAAUGCUUACGCUUAUCUCUAUCAGCUUCUUCAGAAUUCUAACUCUGUUUAUGUAAAACGACGAGCUUUUGAAUCGAUGGUUGGUGGUUUAUGCGCCAUGGAUAGGCCUCGUGAAGCUGACGAUUUGAUUGAGGAGAUGAGAGUUAAGGGACUGAAGGCGUCGGUUUUCGAGUUCAGGUCUGUGGUUUAUGGCUAUGGAAGGUUGGGAAUGUUUGAAGAAAUGCUGAAGAUUGUGGACCAAAUGGAGAAGCAGGGGUUUGGUGAUGAUACUAUUUGCUCUAACAUGGUUCUUUCAUCAUAUGGAGCUCAUAAUGAGCUGGCUGCGAUGGCAAUGUGGCUUCGAAAAAUGAAAGAAUCGAGUGUUCCUUUCUCGAUUAGGACUUACAAUUCGGUGUUGAAUUCGUGCCCUACGAUUAUGGCAAUGCUGCAGGAAACGAAAGCUGUUCCGUGUUCAGUUGAAGAACUGACUGGGAUUUUGGAUGGUGAUGAGGCUUUGGUGGUUAAAGAGUUGGUUGGAUCGGCAGUUGUGGAUGAGGCGAUGAUGUGGGAUUCUAGUGAGGCCAAGUUGGAUUUGCAUGGCAUGCAUUUGGGUUCAGCUUACGUGGUAAUGCUAGAAUGGUUUGAGGCAAUGCGAUACAGGUUUGACUGUGGGGAGUAUGUGGUUCCAGCAGAGGUUGUCAUUGUUUGUGGAUUGGGAAAGCAUAGCAGUAUUAGAGGUGAAUCCCCGGUUAAAGAUCUGGUUAAAGAGAUGAUGCGUCGAAUGGAAAGUCCGAUGAGAAUCGAUAGGAAGAACGGGGGGUGUUUCAUUGCCAAGGGAAGAGCUGUGAAGGACUGGUUAUGUUAAACUGUUGGAUAGGAUAGGUAGCUUUUCUAUAUGAAUUCAUUCUUAUUGACUCUGAGAUUAUGAUAUCGACUCCAAGUCAAAAACAUACUGAUAACCACGGUAAUUUAGCGCCACUUUGCAAGUGGUUGUUUGCAAGCCUAUUGGA